AUGGGUGUCAGCCCUGAAGUCGCUAGGCUCUGCCUCCCCGGAACUCUAAGCACGCUGAAAGCUAAAGGAGGAGUUGUCCUUUGCAAUGUCCUAUAUGAUGGUUCGGCUGCCAUAUAUGCUGUGGCAGUCGGCAUUAUAAUGGCCUCUUCAUUUGAUAAGGUAGCAUUGGCCUUCCCUGUACCCGCAGUGGUCAUCAGCAGGGAUGAUCGUUCAAAGCUUCUGGAAUACAUCAGAACGGCAGAAUAUCCAACUGCGACUAUCCUUUCUACUGAGACAACAACAGAUGUCAUGGCUCCUACAGUGGUCCCCUUCUCCUCAAGGGGUCCUAACCCUAUUACACCAGACAUUCUCAAGCCUGAUAUAACUGCCCCUGAUGCAAAUAUCCUUUCAGCCUGGUCUCCCCUUGCAUUCCCUUCCGUCUGGAUGUUUGAUGAUCGGCAAGUGGACUACUACAUCAUCUCUGGAACAUCCAUGUCUUGCCCUCAUGUUACUGACGCUGCAGCAUAUAACAAGGCUGCCCAUCCAACAUGGUCUCCUGCUGCAAUCAAGUCUGCUCUCAUGACCACAGAUUCGAUCAUGGACCCAAGGAAGAACGAAGAUGCAGAAUUUGGCUAUGGGUCUGGGCACAUCAACCCAGUGAAAGCAGUGGACCCUGGGUUAGUCUUUGAUGCAAGUGAAGCAGAUUAUGUGGAUUUCCUAUGCAAGGUUACAACACCACCCUACUAA